GAAAUCCCCGCGGAAAGACAUCUCAUCGCGUUAUUGGCUCUACUUGGUCACGUGAUUCGGGACUUUCCCACGGAGUUGGUGCUUUCCAGAAUUUUGUGUAUUCACAUUUACAAAAAUUUAAAGUUAGGAUUUGUUGUUCAUUGUUUCGAUUAUGCCUUAUUUUUUAUGUGGACUCCAGGUAUCCAAUCAUGACUUUAAACAUUACAUUAUAGAGCUUUUUUUCUGAAAAUCAGACACCAUUUUCAAAAUGGAGGCAUCCAUAACGACCUACUUUUGAGUCUCAAACCUUCCACCUCAACAACAUGGACGAAAAAGAGCAGGCUGACCGUAUGGCGGCAGCAGAAGCUCUUUUUCUGAUUUCAGCUCGCGUUGAUAAAAACAGGCAAAUUACAAAAACGUCCAAAAGAGGGCGAAAAAAGAAAAACGAUGUUAAUGAGGUUAAUGAUGUAAUUAAGAAAGGCGAAGACUUAGGCUUUACUCAUACUGUUAGUCGCAGGGGCAGAGGUAGAAGGGGCGGUGCACAGAGUCAAAGAGGCACUAAUGGUAAAAGUACCAGAGGAGGAAAAAGUAAUUCUAGUCCUAGGGGUAGAGGUGCAGGAACUGGACGAGGCAGAAAGACUAGUGCAAUCCCUUUUAAUGAGUCUGACAAUGACAGUCAUAAUUUUGACAAUGAAGCAGAUUUCAACGACAGUAUGUCGGUGUCAUGUUUUGAGACCAUAUCAUCCACUGAAGAAAUUACGAAGAAAAGGUCCAAAACAAAAACUUCUAAAUUACGAGAUCAGCGAAAAUCUUCUCAGCUUUCGAGCAGCUCCUCAAAGUCACCCUUAGGGGCUGGUUUAUCUCGAGAAGAGGAGCAAACAUCACAUCAAGCUAUUGGUUUCACUGGUGCAACUAUUUCGAUUCCAGAACACCCUAGCAGACGAGGCUCUGCUGAAACAUCACAAAAUGUCUCAGGAUCAGUAUCAAAUGUGAAACAGCAGCAGCUAAAUUUAAACUCCAAAAACUUUGUGUCAUCAUUAGCCAGUCUGCCUCAAAACCUUUUGUCUUUCCCAAGUGACAGCAUCGCCAACCUACCUUCCAUUCCACUCGAACUAGAGUCUCUGCGUCUUUCAUCUCAACCUACACCAAAUCUUUCAUCGCUUGGGGAUCAGAAUUCUGAAGUAGUUAUGGAUUAUGAGGAAAAUGGUGAAGAUAGGGAAAAGUCUGAAAAGUUUUUACCCUUGAAGAAAAGGAAAUUGCAUACCUCUACUCCCACUUCCAGUAUGACAUUUUCUGUGCCCACAACGACUGUUAAAGCUUCAUCUGAAUCGGAUCAAGAGGAAAAAUAUGAAGCCAUGUCACCAGAAGAAGAAGAUGGAGGUAGUGAACCCCCUACACCUCCCACAAGGUCUUCCUUCACAGUGCAAGCUCCACCCAUCAUCACCAUGCAGACAUUAAUGGAGAUCAAAACCGCCCUGACUCCAGAUGAGGAUGGUGACUUGCCUUUGCAUAUUGCAGUAGUCCAUGAGAACAUGAGAAUGGUCAUUAAGCUCAUCAACCUGAUGAAGAUUGCUGGACGAGGAGUGGACAAAUUUAAUAAACAACAACAGACGCCACUACAUCUUGCAGUCAAGCUGGAUUUUCUCGAUGCCGUGGAUAUACUCCUCAAGUCUGGAGCCAAGGUCAACUCUGUUGAUUGCACUGGGUCAUCUGCCAUCCACAUGGCUGUUCAAGGGAGAUCAAUGCAGUGUCUGCAGAUGUUGCUAGAAAGAUGCCCUGAUGCUGAGCUGAAUUCCAGAAAUUUUGAUGGGUUGACACCACUCCACACAGCAGUGGAUAAUGGAGAUCUGAAGCUGGUGGAGCUGUUACUGAAGUAUGGAGCUGAAAUUGAUGUCACUGAUGGUAAGAGCGGCAGGACAUGUCUGUUCCGAGCAGCGGAGAACAAUGAGAAGGCCAUGGUUGAGCUGUUACUGCGACAUGGUGCCAACCCAGAGGUGCCCAAUUAUGCCGGAGUGACUACGGCCAUGGCAGUUCACGGACGUAAUCUGCAUGGGGUUCUUAAACUGUUGGGCUCAGUGCCUACUGAUAAAUAUUCAGACAUGGAAACUAAAUCCUUUGGAGCUGAAAACUCUCAGCAAGGGGAGAUGACUCCUUCAAGGGAAAGUAAUUCUUACAAAGAAUCCCCUGAACCUAAAGAGAAAGCAGAAUCUUCCAAUGAAACAAAAGUCUUUCAAAAUGUGUUUGUGGUCUCACAGAAAAAUGUUGUGGAAACAGACGGGGAAGGAAGAGUUAGUGGAGAAAAAUGUUGGUCAGAGCCGUCCUCUCCAGGAGUUAAAAUGGAGGUGCAAGAGGAUGAUGACCUGGAAAUGUCCAGGGAGCCAGGUCUCCGCUCACUCCCAGAGGAUGUCUUUCGUCAAAGAGAUGCAUUGGGGGACAAGCGUAUGGAGGUGACACCUAGAGACAAUAAACCUAAGCUGGUUGGGAUGCUGAACAGGAAACAAGAAGUCUGGUUGAACAAAGAGCCUUCCAGAGUUGGGCCUUCUCCCAUAGCUAGUGAGCCCUUUGGUAAGACGGCAGAAGCAGUCGCUGAUACUAGCUCACUGACUAGUAACCAAGCCAGGCUAUAUCAAAAACUUCUAGAGAUGUACAAUAUCGAUCCCACCAAGACCUCAACAACGAGCUCUGCCACUGUUCUAGCAUCUGCGCCCAUUAUUCGUAAUGCUCCCAUAUCAUUACCCCUCAUAUCAUCUUCACCAAGGGCAAUCACUGCUGAUGAGCAGCAAAAAAUGGCAGCCUCGAAGCAGACAAUUGGUGGUAACACACUAUUGCUUACUCAAACUGCCACCACACAGAAAGUGGUCGAAAAUUCUCGGACAGGUCCAGGCCUUACUGCCCAAACCAUUAAGACUGAAGUCAUUGGCGGAGUUUCACCCCCUGAUACACCCCUCAAUUUAAGCAAGACAGUGAGUGGAAAUUCUGAAAGUGGCUUGUCUCAAGAUAGGGCUACCAUUACACAAAGCAUAACACAGCCGAAGGGAACAGUAAUAUCCUUGAGAAGGGUUUCAGGGGGUGAAAGGUUGGGGGACCUACCAGGCAGUCCAGGAGGCCAGUAUGAAAUGGUAUUGCUUCCCAUCAGUGACCCUAAGCUAACUUCACAGACCAUGACUGUCAAUAUCAGUGCUAUCAAUCUAAGUCAGGAAUCCCACGCCACUAGUGCAUCCCCGCCAACUUCACAUCACUUGGCUGAGACAGGAGGCAAAACUAAACUCGUCUCACAGAAGACUGCUUCCCUGGUCAGGGAUUUCCUUAACAAGCAGCAGCGUUCAUCUUCUCCCUCCGUCUCUUCAAGCACUUCUGUGACACAAAUACCCAGCUCAUCACAAAUACCCAGCUCAUCAUCCAUAGCACCUCCACUGCUUACAUCUUCUGUCAGGACUUUAGCCUCUAAAGGACCUGUUUUUGCAGUUGGUCCCAGCCAGCCCCAGUCUGUCUUGAUGGUUCAUAGGACGCAAGCCAAACCAGUCCCUAGUGAUAGAAUCUAUUCUGAGAGUUACGCCACUACAGUUUCAAAGAUCAUGAGUAACACACCUUCAGAUGCCAGUCCAUUGUUCUUAAAUGAAGGGAAAGUAAUUGACCUUAGCAUGAAUUCAGAGAAAACAUUUUUAACCUCCCCUGUAUUGAUUUCCAAAAAUAACUCAGACUCAAAACAACAUCAGAAUUUGGAACCUUCUCCUGGAAAAAUAGUCGGUUUCAGUGGGGCCAUUUUGUCAGUUGUCCCAUCAAAUAAGGUCAAACAAGAAUCAUAUGUUGGUGACAAACCUGAACCGAACUCCAAAGAAAGUCUGCCAACUUUGCAGCACAAAAAACGAGGGAGGAAGCCAAAUAAAGUAUCACAUGAGCCAGUCCCGGCUGCUGAGACCAACCUUAGCAAAAUUAACUCCGACACAGAUGAGAGGCUACGUCAGUUUUUAGGUGCCAAAAAGAAUGAGGGCCUUCCCUCUGUGCUGGAUGAAAUGGAAAGAAAGAAGCAGACGGAGAGUUUAAAUCAUUCAAAAACUGCUGACACCACCUACAAGACUGUGGGUAUAUUUUCUGGGGAUGUUCAGCAUGUGCGCAUUGGUAAAACAUAUUCAACUGUUUCCUUGACUUCCACUUCCUCAUCAGCUCCUAACAGUGCUCCGAAAUCAGUCAUUUGAUAGGAUAAGAUUGAGUUGUGUGACUCUGGUGGUGUUUCGCUUUAUAUGCUCAUUUCGGAGCCUACAAAGUUGUGUGAUUGCGGUCUAAGUAAUAGAAGUUAAAAACAGACAAAACUAGUUUAAGUGCCCAUAGGCAAUAUUCAUGCUUUUUAUUUAGCAGUGAUAAUGAUUUCAUCAGGUGAUAAUGAAAUAAUUAACCUGCAUGUCUGGUGCAACAUUCUUCAUGCUGUCUCACUCUUGUCAUAUAUUGUUAUAUAAGAUUAAGCUGUGUAAAAACCAGGGCUUGACUUUGAAUAAAACAAAUGUAGCAAAAGAAACAUUAUACGCUGGAGACAGUAUUGUUGAUAAAUGGUACUGCCAUUAAUUAGAAUGGAUAAAAUUCCAUUUGGUUGCCUCUAAAAUUACCUCCACUGAUGAGUUUGUGGCAUUCAACGAGAAAAUGUUUUCUUUCAAUUACGAUCUGAAUUUACAUGAAAAAAUAAGGAAAAUUUUAUCACUCGUUAAUCGUUAUUAAUUAUUUUAUUUACCUGUUUAGCAAAAAAAAAAAUGUAUAUUUAAAAUUGUAAUUUUCCAUUCAUGAUUAUAGUUGUCAUAUUUUUUUUAAAACAACCAUUUGUUAUACAAGGUAGGCUAAUUCAUAAAUUGUCAACUUUUUGCAAUUAUCAGAGAGUUGUUAGAGGGUGACCAAUAUACAACUUACUAACACUGUGAUCCUAUGUUCAAAGUUUCAUUGGUUGUCUUUUGAAUCUUGAUACAAGAAGGGUUUUGAUUGGUUGUGCAAGUUGUUGUUUUUUUUAACCAAUAACAUCUAGUUUUCUGUUGGCAUUAAGAGUGUGAAUGAAGAGAGUUGAAACUUGGUCUCUGUGAUUGGUUGGUUUAUAACUAAGAGAUAUGAAAGGGAAAAAAAGUUCUUUGAUGACUGUUUCAAUGACAAGACAAAAGUUAACAGCUUGGGUUUUGUGUGGCCAGUACAAACACCAGUUCUUAUUCUCUCCCUUAGUGACACUAAAUAACCUUACCCGUUUAGAUGAGACCAAUCGUCAUAAAAGGCCUGACCUACAACAUCGCAAAAUAUGGCAGUUUAGACAAAUAGCUCGUUACCACGUUACAGAUCUGUACGGUGUGGCAAUGAGCUUUUGGUCUCCACUGCCUACAGGUUGUGACGUUGCAGAUCAGUGUUGAGGCCUUCUAUAAACUAAUGGUCUUGGUUUAGAGCUCAGGUGGAGCUGAGCUGACCCAAGCAUUAAAAACAUCUGGUAACUGCAAGUUUGAGUUGAGUGAUAACUCUUUCAAUCUACUCAGUCUUGCAACUUGGUCGGGACUCUUACAUUUUUUACUUUUUUAAUUGGAAGUACUUUCUGAUCUAAGAUAAGCCGAGAAUGUUUAUAGAUUGAUGCUACAAAUAGUCAACUCACUAGAUGGAGAAGGAAUGAGUCCCAAGAUGAAACUUAGUAGAGUGGUAAAUGAAUACAAAAUAGACUUGUAAAGUCUGUGAUAAAGAAAAUGUUAAAAUAAAAUCAAAUUUGAUUGGUUUGAAACUGGGGACUAAAACUAAUACUGUAUUUCUCAGAGUGAAUCAAAGUGUUCAUCCCUUGAAGUAUUUCCAACCAUUUUAUAAGUGUUAGUUGUAUUUGUAUUAUUUUGUUGUAAUAUCAAAGUGUUCAAUGAAAAUAGUUUGUAUCAUUUAGAUCUACCUUCUUAUUUCUAGUGGUCUGUAAAACAUCACUCAAUAUUUGACAUAAUAUUUGAGACCACAUUCUACCAGGUAAAAACUGUGUGUGUGUGUGUGCUUGUACUGAAAUUCAACUCCAAACAAUUAUCAGGUCUUGAGGAUUAAAUUUAUUUAAUAGAACAAGGGAGAGUAUCCCUGUGGUUUAUUGUUUGUGUGACCUCAAUGCAUUUAUAUUCCUGAAUGUAUGGAUAUUAAAAAUUGACUAUUG